AUGCUCGACAGCUACGUCCCCGACACGCGCUGCUUCUUCCCCGACAAGGACCUCGGCUGGAUCGCCGCGCGCCUCACCGCCAAGUCGGUCGACGGCGACACCGUCAAGCUCGACUUUGUCGACGACAACGCCAAGGAGCGCACCGUCACCACGACCCUGAGCGCCUUGUCGUCGUCCUCGCCGCCAGAUGUGCUCCCGCCGUUGCGCAACCCGCCCGUCCUCGAGGGCACCGAGGACCUCACCAACCUCUCCUACCUCAACGAGCCUUCCGUCCUGCACACGAUCCUCCACCGCUACUCGCUCCGGUCCAUCUACACCUACUCGGGCAUCGUCCUCGUCGCCGUCAACCCGUUCACGUCCCUGUCGGGCGUCUAUGAGCACUCGGUCGUCCAGGCGUACGCCUCGCGCCGCAAGGGCGAGCUCGAGCCCCACCUGUUCGCCAUCGCCGAGGAGGCCUACCGCUGCAUGACCAUCAUCGUCAGCGGCGAGUCGGGUGCCGGCAAGACCGUGUCGGCCAAGUACAUCAUGCGCUACUUCGCCACGGUCGACGACCCGCACAAGCCCGGCAAGAAGAAGUCGACGUCGAGCGGCAUGAGCGAGGUCGAGGAGCAGAUUCUCGCGACCAACCCGAUCAUGGAGGCGUUCGGCAACGCCAAAACGACCCGCAACGACAACUCGUCGCGCUUCGGCAAGUACAUCGAGAUCCUGUUCGACGGCUCGCAGACCAUCGUCGGCGCCCGCAUCCGCACCUACCUCCUCGAGCGGUCACGCCUCGUGUACCAGCCCGAGACGGAGCGCAACUACCACAUCUUCUACCAGCUCCUCGCCGGCGCGCCCUCAUCGGAGCGCAAGGCGCUCGGCCUCGACUCGGCGUCGACGUUCACGUUCGUCAACCAGGGCGGCGCGCCCCAGAUCGCCGGCGUCGACGACGCAGAAGAGUUUGCCGUCACGCAGAAGGCCCUGUCGACGGUCGGUAUCCCUGUCGAGCGCCAGUGGCACAUCUUCAAGCUCCUCGCGGCCCUGCUCCACCUCGGCAACAUGGAGAUCCGCUCGACCCGCACCGACGCGCUCCUCGACGACGACGACAAGGGCCUCACGAUGGCGACUCAGCUCCUCGGCAUCGACAAGUCCGAGUUCAAGAAGUGGAUCCUCAAGAAGCAGAUCGUGACCCGCACCGACAAGAUCGUCACGAGCCUCAACGCGGCGCAGGCCAACGUCGUCAAGGACUCGGUCGCCAAGCACAUCUACGCUUCCCUGUUCGACUGGCUCGUCGCGGUCGUCAACGAGAGCCUGACCAACGACCAGGUCGAGGGCUCGGUCAAGAACUUUAUCGGCGUCCUCGACAUCUACGGCUUCGAGCACUUCAAGAGGAACAGCUUUGAGCAGUUCUGCAUCAACUACGCCAACGAGAAGCUGCAGCAGGAGUUCAACGCGCACGUGUUCAAGCUCGAGCAGGAGGAGUACGUGCGCGAGCAGAUCGACUGGACCUUCAUCGACUACGCCGACAACCAGCCGACGAUCGACCUGAUCGAGGGCAAGCUCGGCAUCCUGUCGCUCCUCGACGAGGAGUCGCGCCUCCCGUCGGGCUCGGACGCCAACUUCCUCCAGAAGCUCCACUCGACCGUCGGCGCCAAGCCCGAGAACGCCAAGGUGUUCAAGAAGCCGCGGUUCGGCAACAACGCGUUCACGGUCGCGCACUACGCGCUCGACGUCACGUACGAGGCCGAGGGCUUCCUCGAGAAGAACCGCGACGCCGUCCCGGACGAGCACGUCGCCCUCCUCGCGUCGACGAGCAACGCGUUCCUCAAGGAGGUCCUCGACCGCGCCGACGCGACCAAGGCCGCCGUCGCCGAGGCCGAGGCGGCGACGGCCGCCGCAAAGCGCGCGAGCACGAUCGGCGGGCCCGGCGGCGCAGCAGGCGCAGGCGGGCCCAAGCGUCUCGGCGGCGUCGGCGGCAUCGGCGGCGUUGGCGGCGGGUCGGCGCGCAAGCCGACGCUCGGCAGCAUCUUCAAGGGCUCGCUCAUCAGCCUCAUGGACACGAUCGACUCGACCAACGCCCACUACAUCCGCUGCAUCAAGCCCAACGAGGCCAAGCAGGCGUGGGAGUACGACCCGCCCAUGGUCCUCGGCCAGCUGCGAGCGUGCGGCGUCCUCGAGACGAUCAAGAUCUCGUGCGCCGGUUACCCGACGAGGUGGAAGUUCGACGAGUUUGCCGACCGCUACUACAUGCUCGUCCCGUCGUCCCAGUGGCAGCAGACGUCGGACAUGCGCGCCCUGUGCUCGUCGAUCCUGUCGUCGGCCGUCUCGGAGCCCGACAAGUACCAGGUCGGCCUCACCAAGAUCUUCUUUCGCGCCGGCCUCCUCGCCCGGUUCGAGCAGCUGCGUCACGCCCGCCUCGGCGAGCUCACGACCCUCAUCCAGAAGCACGUCCGCCGCUUCCUCGCCGAGCGCGACUACGGCCGCGUGCGCCGCAUGAUCACGGGCGUCCAGUGCAUCGCUCGGGCCAACGCCGCCAAGCGCCUCGCCCAGGACGCUCGUCGCGAGCGAGCCGCCGUCAUGAUCCAGAAGGCGGCACGAGGGUUCCUCGAGCGCGUCAAGUACGAGCGGGCGAGGAAGGCCGUCGUCGCCGUGCAGGCUCUUGCUCGAGGGCUGCACAUCCGGGCCACGUUCAAGGAGGAGCUGCGCGUGCAGGCGGCGGUCCGGCUCCAGUCGUUGCUGCGGGGCGCCAUCGCUCGACAGCUGUACACGCGCGACCGGCGGCGAGUCGUCCUCCUCCAGUCGUGCGUCCGCCGGCGGCAGGCCAAGCAGCAGCUCAAGACGCUCAAGACCGAGGCGCGCUCGGCGACGCACUUCAAGGAGGUCACGUACAAGCUCGAGAACAAGGUCGUCGAGCUCACGCAGACGCUCCAGACCCGCACGGCCGACAACCGCUCGCUCCAGGGCAAGCUGCGCGCUCUCGAGCAGCAGGUCCAGAGCUGGCAGGCCAAGCACGACGACGCCGACAGCCGAGCACGCUCCCUGCAAGCCGAGGUCAACAAGCCGACCGUCGCCCUGCCCGAGUUCGAGGCGUUGUCGCAGCAGAAGAAGGACCUCGACGCGCGCCUCGACGAGUCGCUCAAGAAACUCGCCGAGCAGGACGCCGAGAUCGACCGCCUCCACGCCGAGUUCCUCAAGGAGAAGGCCGAGCUCGAGAAGCAGCACGAGUCGCUCAAGGCGUCGCUCGCCGCAGCCAGCGACGACUCGGCGACCGUCUCGACCCUCCGCCAGGAGAUCGCCUCGCUCCGCGAGCAGCUCUCGCGCCAGGUCGCCAUCAACAACGCCGCCGCCAAGGUGCCGAGGCCCGACGCCGGCAACUUCCAGAUGGCGACGGGCCAGCGCGGUCCCGCCGUCGUCGCCAACGGCGCCACCCCUGGCGGCGCCAAGCGCCGCGUGCGCCGGUACAGCGACGAGGGCGGCGCGACGAGCACCAACGCGCCGUCGUCGGUCAGCCCGAUCCCGGAGCACGACCGGUGGGAGACGUCGCCUCGGCCCGUCUCGAUGGCGUUCCCGCAAGAGCCCGGCACGAGGCGGCUCGCAGGCGGGCCCGGCGGCAAGGGCUACCUGCCCGACGUGUACGACGACCCGGCCGAGGAGAUCAUGCGCCUGCUCGAGGAGGAGCAGCCGCUCGACGAGGACGUCCUGUUCAGCAUCAUCCGCCACCUCAAGAUCCCUGCGCCCAACCUGUCGAGCCCGCCGUCGCCCAAGGAGGUCCUGUUCCCGGCCCACCUCAUCUCGCUCGUCACGAACGAGAUGUGGAAGUACGGCAUGAUGCGCGAGAGCGAGCGCUUCCUCGCCAACGUCAUGCAGACGGUCCAGCAGCACGUCAUGGGCUACACUGGCGACGAGGUCAUCGUGCCGGGCAUCUUCUGGCUCUCGAACGUGCACGAGAUCCUGUCGUUCGUGUGCAUCGCCGAGAGCGACAUCCUGCAGGGCAUCGGCCCCGGCGGCGAGGGCAUCGGCCGCGACUACGACUGGGACGACUACGAGCGCCUCGUCACGAUCGUCAAGCACGACCUCGACAGCCUCGAGUACAACAUCUACCACACGUGGAUGCAGGAGACCAAGAAGCGCCUGCACAAGAUGGUCAUCCCGGCCCUCAUCGAGUCGCAGUCGCUGCCGGGCUUCGUCACGUCCGACUCGGGCGGCGGCCGGCUGUUCAACCGGCUCGUCGGCGGCAGCAACCAGGCGCCCGCCUUCAGCAUGGACGACAUCCUCAACCUCCUCAACAAGGUGUGGAAGAGCCUCAAGUCGUACUAUGUCGAGCACUCGGUCGUGCAGCAGGCCAUCACCGAGCUCCUCAAACUCAUCGGCGUCACGAGCUUCAACGACCUCCUCAUGCGGCGCAAUUUCUCGUCGUGGAAGCGCGCCAUGCAGAUCCAGUACAACAUCACUCGCCUCGAGGAGUGGUGCAAGGCGCACGACAUGCCCGAGGGCACGCUCCAGCUCGAGCACCUCAUGCAGGCGACCAAGCUCCUCCAGCUCAAGAAGGCGUCCCUCGCCGACAUCGAGAUCAUCUUUGACGUGUGCUGGAUGCUCACGCCGACCCAGAUCCAGAAGCUCGUCGCCAACUACUACGUCGCCGACUACGAGAACCCGAUCUCGCCCGAGAUCCUGCGCGCCGUCAACGGUCGUGUCGUCGCCGGCGACAAGAACGACCACCUGCUCCUCCCACCCGAGGUUGAGGAGGCCGGUGGCUACGAGACGCCGCUGCCGCGCGAGGUGACCGGCAUCGAGACGUACAUCCCGGCGUGGUUGAGCGCGCCGCACCUGCGACAGCUCGUGCAGCUCGUCGCGUCCCUCUAG